CCGCAGACACCUCUGAGGACCAUAAUUACCCAGCAUGCCUCUGGGCCGUUCUUUCCUUCCGCCAUCUUUCCCGCAGUGACGGUGAACUGACCUGAAGCAGACUACGAUGCCUGGAAGACUGUGGAGUAAGGCCAUCUUCACCGGCUACAAGCGCGGUCUGAGGAACCAGCGCGAGCACACGGCACUCCUGAAGGUGGAGGGAUGUUACACCAGAGACGAGGUCGACUUCUACCUGGGCAAACGCUGUGCCUACGUCUACAAGGCCAAGAAGAACACAGUGACACCUGGUGGUAAACCCAAUAAGACCAGAGUUAUCUGGGGGAAGGUGACCCGAGCUCACGGUAGCAGCGGGAUGGUCCGAGCCAAGUUCUCCAGCAACUUGCCGGCUAAAGCCAUGGGACACAGAAUCAGAGUGAUGCUGUAUCCCUCUCGAGUGUGAAGACGCCUUCAUCACAUGUUGUUUGUACAGAAACAAUAAAAUGAUCAGAACGAA